UGCUUCCGGCAAAAUGGCGCUGCGGUUCAUGUACCAGCCUCGGGAGCUUCUGCGCCGGCUACGGCCAGGGCAUGGGUUCCACAGCGUUGCAGGUCUCUCGCACUGGCCCCAGAAGCCCCCGGCCGCCUGCCUCCUGUUCCCUGCGGGCCAGUGCUCCAGGCGCCCGCGCUAUGCCCUUCUUGUCGCCCCCGGCCCCCGCGGCCUUAGUACGUCAGCCGUCUCCUUUGCUGAGGCCCAGGUUCAGGCCCCUCCAGUCAUUCCUGCAACUCCCCCACCUGCAGCCGUAACUGAAGUGACUUCUGGAGAGACAGCAGAUAUAAUCCAAGCUGCUGCAGAACAGAGCUUCACUGAACUGGGCCUGGGAUCUUACACCCCAGUGGGACUGAUCCAGAACUUAAUGGAAUAUAUGCAUGUUAGCCUGGGCCUACCUUGGUGGGGAGCCAUUGCUGCAUGUACAGUCCUUGCCCGCUGCGUGGUGUUUCCUCUCAUUGUGAAGGGCCAGCGAGAGGCAGCCAAGAUCCACAAUCACUUGCCAGAGCUCCAGAAGUUUUCCACUCGAAUCCGAGAGGCCAAGUUGACAGGAGACCAUGCUGAGUUUUACAAGGCCUCCUCGGAGAUGGCAUUUUACCAGAAAAAGCAUGAUGUUAAACUCUUGAGACCACUCAUUCUACCUCUCACUCAGGCCCCAAUCUUCAUCUCCUUCUUCAUCGCCUUGAGAGAAAUGGCCAACCUCCCCGUGCCGAGCCUCCAGACAGGUGGCCUGUUGUGGUUCCAGGAUCUCACACUAUCUGACCCCACCUAUAUAUUACCACUGGUGGUCACUGCUACAAUGUGGGGUGUCCUUGAGUUAGGUGCUGAGACUGGUGUGCAAAGUUCUGAUCUUCAAUGGAUGAGAAAUUUUAUCAGAGUGAUGCCCCUGGCUGUCUUGCCCAUAACUAUCCACUUCCCCACGGCUGUGUUCGUGUACUGGCUCUCCUCCAAUGUGUUUUCCCUGGCCCAGGUGACCUGCCUGCGGAUUCCAGCAGUACGCACUGCACUUAAAAUCCCCCAGCGUGUCGUGCAUGACCCCAGCAAAUUACUUCCACGGGAAGGCUUCAUAAAGAGCUUCAAGACAGGCUGGAAGAAUGCCGAAGUGGCACAUCGGCUGCGAGAGCGUGAACAACGCUUACAGAAUCACCUGGAGCUGGCAGCCAGGGGUCCUUUAAGACAGACCUUUACCCACAACCCUCUGCUGCAGCCUGAAAAGAACCACCCGCCCAACACCCCUAACAGCAGCAGCAGCAGCAGCAGCAAACCAAAGUCGAAGCAGCCCUGGCGUGACACACUUGGUUGAAUUCUGUUCCCUGCUCAUACUGACAGGAAUUCUGUCUCUUCAAAGACUCAACCUCAGAACAGGAUUUGACAUUGGGUCAUUGCUCCGGACCUAGAAACUGGGGGACGUGGAGGUGUUCAUUUUAAAAGCAGAUUCUGCUGCAGGCCUACGCCUACGUGGAGAAGGCACACUGGGAGCUGAGUGAGCUUCCCAUUCACAGAAUUAGUAAACCUCUGUACUAUGUGCUACUUGUUGAUACUUAUUAAACAGGAGAAUGGAU